UGAGACAAAGGGGAGUGCCGGUAGUGAGCUGCGAGUCGCCCAGUAUUCAUAAAAGGGGACGAAGCUAAAAGCUUUGGGAUUUGUGUAUUGUGCUCAAUUUGAUGUUCGUUAUCUUUUCUGCCUGCUUAUAGAUUUGGAAAACCCAAUACAAUGGACGCCUCUAAGAUCCGUCAAUUGGAGAGCUUCGUUGAACAGUGCAAGUCUAAUCCUUCAAUCCUCAACGAUCCAUCUCUUUCGUUUUUCUGCGAUUACCUCGAAAGUCUGGGCGCGAAGCUCCCUCCUUCUGCUUACUCCAAUGCGGGGAGGGUGGAUAGCGAUGAUGACGCAGAAGAUGUUGGGGGCGGACGAAGCAAGGUGGAUGAAGAGGAAGAUGAAGACGAGAUAAUUGAAUCUGAUAUAGAGCUGGAGGGUGAAACCGUUGAGCCAGAUAAUGACCCUCCACAGAAGAUGGGAGACUCCUCUGUGGAGGUGACUGAAGAGAGUCGUGAUGCUUCCCAAGCGGCUAAAGCUAAAGCCAUGGAAGCCAUUUCAGAUGGUAAGUUGGAAGAGGCAAUUGAUAGUUUGACGGAGGCCAUUAUACUCAACCCUACCUCUGCCAUUAUGUACGCCACUAGAGCUACCGUGUACAUCAAAAUGAAGAAACCUAAUGCAGCAAUCCGGGAUGCAAAUGCAGCUUUGGAGAUUAAUCCUGAUUCUGCCAAAGGCUAUAAGUCUCGUGGUAUGGCUCGAGCAAUGCUUGGUCAGUGGGAAGAAGCGGCAAAGGAUCUUCAUUUGGCUUCGAAGUUAGAUUAUGAUGAGGAAAUAAAUGCUGUGCUAAAGAAGGUGGAGCCAAAUGCUCACAAGAUUGAGGAGCAUCGUCGGAAAUAUGACAGGCUGAGGAAGGAAAGAGAGGACAAAAAAGCUGAGCGUGAAAGACAACGCCGCCGUGCUGAAGCUGAGGCUGCAUAUGAGAAGGCUAAGAAGCAAGAGGAAUCAUCUUCCAGCAGAAAUCCUGGAGGCAUGCCAGGGGGCUUUCCAGCAGGCAUGGGGGGAGGUUUUCCUGGAGGCAUGCCAGCGGGCAUGGGGGGAGGUAUGCCAGGAGGCUUCCCUGGUGGCAUGCCGGGAGGGGUGCCUGGAAAUGUUGAUUUUGGCAAAAUCUUGAAUGAUCCUGAGCUUAUGGCAGCAUUUAGUGACCCAGAGGUCAUGGCUGCUAUGCAAGAUGUCAUGAAGAACCCUGCCAAUUUGGCAAAGCAUCAGGCGAAUCCUAAGGUAGCUCCAGUAAUAGCGAAAAUGAUGAGCAAAUUUGGAGGCCCUAAGUAAACAAUUGGUGGAAGAGAUGUGAGACUAUUUCAGGCUUGUGGGGAUGCAAAAUGUUUGGUUGUUUUAUUUGAUAUGUUGCUAUUUUGUUUUUUUUUUUCGUUCCUGUGUUCGAAGGUCUGUUAUAAUUUUUUUCACAGCUUCCUUUUUAUCUGUGGCCAUGUUUAUUUUGCCGUAGGUCAGUCUUCCAACUGAACUUUCGCCUGCCCCAUGUAUUUGUCCCGAAAAAACAAAAGAAAUAGUGGCAUUGUUCCAAAAUUUGAUUCUGAACUUUCAUUAA